UAAACAGUGGUGUUUACUUUAAGCGAAAGAAAAAGGUUAAUCGUCAAUAUUUCUCCGCUUUCCGAUAUUGCGAUUUCUACUACGAUUCGAUGGCUUCACUCCCCGCGCGCCUCAAAAUUCAAUGCAUUGUCUUGGUAACUCUUUGGAUCGGAUCAUCCAGUAUUGCAGAUACCAGUACUAGUUCGGAUUUGGGGGAGUUGUUGGUGAAAUCAAGCAAUCAGCAGAGAGAAUUUGAUUUCUUCAUGCUAUCUUUUCUGUGGCCGGGAACAGCCUGCCUCUCAUCCGAUGGUGAAUGCUGCCCCUCCAAUGCCUGCUGUCGCCGUUCGAGUGCCUUGACAGAAUUUACUAUCCAUGGACUUUGGCCUGAUUAUAAUGACGGGACUUGGCCAGCAUGCUGCCCUGGCAAAAGAUUUAAUAUUAAAAAGAUUUCGACAUUGCUAAGCACCAUGAAAAAGUACUGGCCAUCUUACAACUGUGAAUCUUCUUCAAAUUGCCAUAAUGGAACGGGGCUGUUCUGGGAACAUGAGUGGGAAAAACAUGGACCUUGUUCAUUUCCAGUCAUAAGAGAUGAAUAUGAUUACUUCAGGACAGUUCUUAACCUCUACUUCAAAUAUAAUGUCACGGAAGUUUUAAGAGAAGCAGGCUAUGUAGCAUCAAACUGUGAAAAGUAUCCUCUUGGAGGCAUUGUUUCAGCUAUAGAAAAGGCUUACCAUGCCACUCCAGCACUUGCAUGUUCUGGUGAUGCUGUCGAGGAACUUCGACUCUGCUUCAGCAAGGACUUCAAGUUUCGGGAUUGUGGCGUUGAAAUCCCACCAGAAAGUUCCUGCCCCGAAUAUGUCAGCUUACCGAAAUUUAUUUCAUCGGGUCUUGGGAUCAAAGAAGCUAAAGCCUUAAAGUUGGAAACAUGAACGACGAUACCUCUACGUUGAGAACCCAAAGAUGUGAUGAUAAAGCGCAACUCAAAAGAUGCUUUGUACUAGUAUCUGUUAUGUUAUUUCUUGGACUGCACAUGUGAGGAUAUGUUAGUACAAGGAGGAACAACGAUUGAAAACAUUUGUUAUUUGUUUCCAUAUACUCGUUGUCAUUACAUCUUACACUAUCUUUAAAUUUAUUUCCAAUGCUUGACACAUGAAAAA